AUGUUUCUAGCCCCACCCUCUUGUCCUCAAAUUCGAUCAUUUAAUAGGGAUUCAAUUGAGUUGGAAUUUGAUCCAAAAAUCAAACGCAGUUUACGGAAGUUGCGAAAAAAGGCACGUCGAGCAAGUUCUUCACCUCUUGGUCUCAAUACAGCCCUUGGUUUAGCAUCCCACAGUUCAUCCAGUGAUCUAGAUUCAAAGAUAGAAGAAGAGAUGGUCGCUGGCAGAACAUUAAAGGAGUUGGCUGCCCCUGAUUUUAAUCAGCAGCCUUUGUGUAUUCAGUACCCUACUUUAGAUGUUGCUUUUGAACUUAAGUCUGGUCUAAUUCACUUGUUGCCUACGUUUCGUGGUCGUGCAGGUGAAGAUCCGAAUAAACAUCUAAAAGUGUUCCAUGUAGUCUGUUCAAGCAUGAAACCGAUUGGGGUGACAGAGGAGCAGAUUAAGUUGCAAGCUUUUCCCUUUUCGUUGGGGGAUGAUACAAAGGAUUGGCUAUAUUAUCUAUCAUCGGGGACAGUCGCAACAUGGAACGAGAUUAAAAGGCUGUUUUUAGAAAGAUAUUUCCCAGACUCUAGAGCUGCCACCAUCAGGAAAGAGAUAUGUGGAUUGCUGCCUAGGGAAAGAAACAUGAUAGAUGCAGCAAGUGGAGGUGCGUUGGUGGAUAAGACUCCUGAAGCUGCCAAACAAUUAAUCUCAAACAUGGUUGCCAAUUCCCAACAGUUUGGUCCAAGACAUGAUGCACCACCCACAAAGGUGAAUGAGACAGUUGGCUGUAGGGAAUGCGCAACAGGUAAAGCUUGUGGGAUCUGUUCGACAAUAGGACACCAAAUGGACAUGUGCCCAACACUUCAAGAGGAAGGGACUGAGCAGGUUAAUGUAGCAGGAAACUUUCUUAGACCACGGAGGCAAUAUGAUCCUUACUCCAACACGUACAAUCCAGGUUGGAGGGAUCAUCCGAAUUUCAGUUAUGGAGGAAAUCGACAAGUAGGAGGUGGACAGAAUUUCUUCCAGAAUAGACAACAACAAGGGUUUCAACCGAAGCAACCUGCGUCACAGAAUUCAAACUCAUCCUUGGAAGAUAUAGUGAAAUCCCUUGCUUUGAAUACCAAACAGUUUCAACAAGAUACAAGAUCUAGUAUUCAAAGUUUGGAGAAUCAGAUGGGUCAAAUGGCAACUGCUAUAAGUCGUUUAGAGGCUCAAGUUGGAGGGAAGUUGCCUUCUCAAACAGUGGUGAACCCAAAGGAAAAUGUGAAUGCAAUAACGCUAAGAAGUGGCAAGAAAGUGGAAGAACCGAAGCUGAACAUUCCAAGUGUAGCAAAGGAAGCAGAAAUUGAAGAUGAAAUUGAGAGAGAAGAGGCUACAACUGAAUCAAAGGUAAUUCCUAACCUUUCAAUUCAACUUUCGUCUAAUACUUUACCUUUUCCCAGCAGAUUCGCGAAAUCAAAGAAAGAAGAGAAGGAUAAAGAGAUUUUGGAGAUGUUUCGCAAGGUGGAAGUGAAUAUACCUCUGUCGGAUGCAAUUAAGUAA